CUCAGACUAGACAAAAUGACCCUAUUUGGAAAAGUUCAAAGUAGAAGAAUUGCCCAGAAGAUCAACAUAAUGCGACUCAUCUCAUUUAUCACCAGCUCAAGUAUGAAAAUGAGAAAAAAGAUGCCACUGGUUCAUUCCUACAGAAUUGAAAAUGCCGAGAAAAUGGUUUUGAAAGCUCUGCUUCUCUUCCUCCUCUUUCAAUUAUGCACUUCCAGGGACACCAUGAGAGGGAACGAAGAACAAUUGAAGGAUGUUGAUGGUGACUAUUUAGUGUCCAAAGAAAGCAAGUUUGAAUUGGGUUUCUUGAGCCCCGGAAAUUCUAGCAACCGGUAUGUUGGAGUCUGGUAUUCUCAGACUAGAGUAUCUAAUAAAACAGUGGUGUGGGUUGCAAACAGGAACAAUCCUAUCAAUGAUACCUCUGGUGUGCUCACAAUAAACAGGUAUGGAGAACUAGUCCUUUAUGGUCAUAACAUGGAAAGCACUCCUAUUUGGUCUACUAACGUGUCGCGGUCGGUUCAAAAUGUUAACACAAGCACUUCAUCUACACAGCUUUUAGAUACAGGAAAUUUAGUUGUGUUCCAGGAUGAUAAAAAUGAAAUCUUUAUAUGGCAAAGUUUUGAUCAUCCUAUAGAUACUUUAAUUCCAGGUAUGAAAGUUGGGGUGAAUUGGAAAACUGGGCAAGAAUGGGUUUUAACAUCUUGGAAGUCACAAGAUGACCCUGGAACUGGGGACUAUACCUAUAGGCUAAGUUCAGAUCAUAAUGCAUCUCCCCAAUUUUUUUUGUAUAAAGGUUUGAGUAAGUAUUGGCGAAGUGAUCCAGGGCCAGCGCCUACUUUGGUCGCUAAUCAAGAUGAAACUUACUAUUUCAUGAAUGAAACCAAUGCAAUUACAAGAAUAACAGUGACUGAUUCUGCCUUAGAGCACCUUAUAUGGGAUGGUGGUGGCCUUCAAUGGAAGGAAGACUUCUCUGCACCGAAGUCCCGGUGUGACAGGUACGGACAGUGUGGUGCCAACAGCAGAUGUAGCCCUGACAAUGUUAAUCUGUUUGAGUGUGACUGUUUGCCAGGGUAUGUGCCUAAUUCUGUAAGUGAUUGGAAUCAGAAAAAUGGUUCAGGUGGAUGUGUCAGUAAUAGACUUGGUUUGUUGAAGUGUGGAGAUGGAGACGGGUUUAUAAAGGUGGCAAGAGUUAAAUAUCCAGACACAUCGAUAGCAGCAUCGUUAAAAUCAGGUAUGAGUGACAAAGAGUGUGCGCAGGAGUGCCUAAGAAAUUGUUCUUGCACUGCAUAUUUGAGCACUGAAAAUGAAGGGAUUGUUGAUUGCUUGACAUGGUAUGAUGACUUGAUGGACAUUUUAGUGUACACAGAGCUUGGACGAGAUCUCUAUGUUCGUGUGAAUGCAACUGUGUUAGGUACUAAUCUGCUUGCGAUGGAAGAAAAUGCAACUAACAACAUAUAAGUGUUGAAUCUCAAAAUUACUAGUUUUUU